AUGAUGAUCGAUGGCGUGGCGCGUCGGCGGUUUUUCUACGGAACAUCCCCUCCAAGUGUGAUCGUCAGACGCUCUCCAGAUUCUUCCGCAGCUUGGGCUUACACGGGUACGAUGUGGACGUCGCUCUACAUCCGAACGGUAAAUGCCGUGGCUACGCGCGUGUUCGGUUUCGUAGCUAUGACGCCUUGGACCAGUUUGUGGCCAAGGUACAUCUGCAGUUUCUGCCCGGGUUCCACAAGCCCACCCCGCUGUAUUGCGAACCAAUGCGGACACCACCGGAAGAGGACGUGGACGAUCGCAACUUGCUCGAUGACGCCCUCCAUCGCAUUGUUGAUGAAAGUGUGA